UCGUUGAUUAGGACAGCAGCAGAGCUUUCUUUCCCAACUGCCCGCCUGACUCUGUGUGUGCGCCUGCAGCCCCCCACUCAUUGGCCAUAACAUAUACAAACACCCCCCCACACACACACACAGACACUCACACUCGCUACCAUCCACACACACAUCCACACACACACACGCACGCACGCAGAGCAGAUCAGUGCAGGCAGCGCUCAGCCCACUAAAUUGUGUCGCUCCCUCCAAGUGGAAGCAAGGACCAAGAGACACUGGAGAAAAAAGACGAGGACACAUUUUGAAAGUUUUCAAUCUCUUUUCCACAAAACCUUUUUUUUUUUUUUUUUGCUCUCUCUCUCUCUCUCUGGAGGAGGUUGACAUGACAAUGACCCGCUUUCGCCGAUGGAUUUGGUAGGACACCCGCUCUCCGAGUGUUUUCUAAUGCACUCUGAACAAGAAAUGAACUUAUCGAAGGGCCCACUAGUGAACAGCAGCACUGACGACAGCUCCAAGUCAACAUACGGUAAAUGCGGCGCUGGCGCCUGGAGGAUGCACCAGAGCUACGAGCCUCUCGAGGCCAACCACAUGAGAGACCCACAUGCCCUCUACAACCCAAGGCUUCUCUGCAGAAUGUCCAGUAAGGAGCGCCACCUAGAGUCCAACUGUCCAUCCUCGUAUAUAAAGACUGAGCCAUCUAGCCCCGCAUCCCUGACCGACAGUCUAAACCACCACUCCCCCGGCGGCUCCAGUGACGCAUCAGGCUCCUAUUCGUCCACCAUGAACGGCCACCCCAACGGUUUAGACUCCCCAAGUCUCUAUGGCUCCGGCGCUGGGCCCUUGGGUCCCGCCGGCGGCCCCGGAUCAAAGCGCUACGAGGACUGUUCAUCAACGAUCGGGGAAGAUUCCCAGAUAAAGUGCGAGUACAUGUUGAAUUCCAUGCCCAAGAGGUUGUGUCUGGUGUGCGGGGACAUUGCUUCUGGCUACCACUAUGGUGUGGCAUCAUGCGAGGCCUGCAAGGCCUUCUUCAAACGCACCAUUCAAGGCAACAUCGAAUAUAGCUGUCCAGCCACCAACGAGUGUGAAAUCACCAAGAGGAGACGCAAGUCAUGCCAGGCCUGCCGCUUCAUGAAGUGUCUGACUGUGGGCAUGCUGAGGGAGGGUAAGGGAAAAGGUGUUCGUCUGGACAGGGUUCGCGGUGGAAGGCAGAAGUAUAAACGUCGGAUAGAUGCAGACAACAGUCCUUAUCUGAACCCUCAGCUGGCUCUACCUGCCAAGAAGCCAUUUGCCUUUGGCUGCCUUGCAGAUAACAAAAUUGUGUCUCACCUGCUGGUGGCCGAGCCAGAGAAAAUCUAUGCCAUGCCCGACCCGACAGUACCAGACAGCGACAUCAAGGCCCUGACUACAUUGUGCGACCUGGCCGACAGAGAGCUGGUGGUCAACAUCGGUUGGGCCAAGCACAUCCCAGGUUUCUCCACACUGUCUCUAGCAGACCAGAUGAGUCUACUCCAGAGCGCAUGGAUGGAGAUCUUGAUCCUGCGCGUCGUGUACCGCUCGCUGUCUUUCGAAGACAAGCUGGUGUACGCCGAGGACUACAUCAUGGACGAGGACCAGUCAAAGCUGGCUGGACUCCUGGACUUGAACAACGCCAUCCUGCAGCUGGUCAAGAAGUACAAAACGAUGAAGCUGGAUAAGGAGGAAUUUGUCACUCUGAAGGCCAUCGCGCUGGCUAACUCAGACUCCAUGCAUAUCGAAGACGUGGAUGCGGUGCAGAAGCUCCAGGACGUGCUCCACGAGGCCCUGCAGGACUACGAGGCUUCCCAGCACCAGGAGGACCCCCGGCGGACGGGCAAGCUGCUCAUGACCCUGCCACUGCUCCGUCAGACCUCCACCAAGGCCGUGCAGCACUUCUACAGCAUCAAGCAGGACGGCAAAGUGCCCAUGCACAAACUCUUCCUGGAGCUGCUCGAGGCCAAAGUGUGAGGGCGCAAAGUCCAAGCAGCUCCCCAUGUUUUACACACACACAUUAACACACACACACAACCAUACAGUCACACACAAAACACAUUCACGCACGCGCCCAAAAACACAUGAUAAUAUUUCCCUUUCAGUACGCCCACGAUGUCUAAACAAGUAAGAUGCUCGUCUUACCUUAAACCUCUGCUGUCUAAGAUUUGAAGGAAAAGGCUGUUGACCUUUUGUAUGUUGGGAGGUGGGAGAUGACUGAUAUGUUGCUGCCCCCUCUUAAGGGAAAAGAAGACACUUCCUGCUGUUGUUAUUGUUGUGUGCAAAAACACAGACAACGGAAAUCACAUAUGCAUUUAAUGAUAUUACUAAUCGGAUCGUGCUCAAAUGAGGACACAUUGAACAGAAGUUCAGAGGACUGAUGAGACUUUUCCCCCUUGCUCCCCAUCAUAUAAUUUUUUAAGUGUUUGAGAAGAUAAAGGGAAAAACCCCUAAAGAAGUAUCAAAGACAUUUGUAAACACAUGAUGUGUACAUUGACAUUUGGAUGGAAAAAGAAGACGGUGAGAAGAUUUGCCUGUCAAAAGAUGGAAGGAACACUUGCAUUCAGCGGAUGCCAGCAACUUUAUGUCAUUACCCCAAAUUCUUUUACUUUUUUUUUCUUAAUAUAUCAUAUAACAAUAUAUAAUUCUGAGGCCCUGGACUGUUGUUCUCUUCUAUUAAUAAUUCAUAAGUGGUCUACUUGUGCUGAUAACCAGCAGGGAGCAGACGUGUUGAAGGAUUGAAGUUGGAAUUGGUUGCUGUCAGCACUUGCAAAAUUUAGGACCUGCUUCCCGAAAAACUCACCAGCUUACAACCUGUUGACACUUGUUAAAGCUCAAAAUAAUUUCAGACUUGCGAUUGAUGAAUUUAAGAGAAAAAAAAAGUCACUUUUCCACUGCAUUGUACCAGCUCGGCUCACUAUUCUGCUUCAAACUACUUCUGUGACCAAAUACAGAAUCCACAUUGCAUUGAAAUAUGCAUUGAACAAGCACCAAAGCCUUCAGUCGAAACGAACAACGACAACAAAGGAGACAAUUUUAAUUCCAGGAAUUUAGGGAAUGUGUGUGGUUUGGGAUAGUUUUGCACUUAAAAAAAAAGAAGGCAACAAAGUGCAAGUCACAAUAUUAGCCAACUGGACAUAGCCUACAACCACGAGUUAGAACCUAUUGUAAUGCCACCAUGCAGUCAAGGAGAGACACAUCCAUCGGUGCACUCUCAAAUGUUUAAUUGAACAAACUGUAGCUAAAUAAACAUGUAAUAAGCACUUUCAUACAAGAGCUGCUACAGCCACAUCUGACACCCAGGCAGGUAACGUCGCAAAUCUGAGCUCACAACAGCUAACUUUCCACUCUCAUUCGCUGACUCCCACAUCACUCACCGGUCAGCCCGACCUUUUAAAGUGACACAGACGCAGAAAUACAGCUAUUUCAGGUUGAAGACAGCAACCCCAAAUCCAAAACAACACUAUCCUAUCUCAUGCCUGCACCUCACGUGUACAUUUUAUUAAUCAUGAAAGCCAAGGGAGCUUAGUUGGUAGCAUGGAGUGCAAAAGUGGCAAAAUCCAACAACUGCUCAUAUUGUCCACUUGUGUCAGUCUGCAGUAUUUUCAGCUCCGCGCAGCUCACGACCUCACACACAUUUCACUUUUUGAAUGUGCCAUUGAGACAGUCAAGUGGCGCCUCAGUGCUUCCCUCCCUUGCUGAGUUUCCUUCAGAAGCUCCACAAGUUCAUCUGAACAAGAUGGCCUCAGAGCAGAUGUUCCGCACUUGUGAACUCGCCACUGUCAGGACAGAAGGUGACUGAAACAUUCCUUUAUUUUCCUUUCUUGGCUUCUAUCUCAAAAUUAUUGUCAUAAAGUACCAAUACUAGGCUUGUAAAUAAUAACAAACACCCUGUAUAUGAUGUAUAACAGCAGCUUUGUUUUUCUUUGUCUCCUUUAACCCCAAAACACACUUUCCUCUACCAGCUUGACAGCACUCAGUGGUUAUCAUGUAUGUAUAAAUGUAACGACUUAUCAUGUAUUAACAAAUCAAAGUUUAUCUUCGGCGCUUCCAAGCAAGAGUGCAUUGACAAGAGAGUGCAAAAACGGGCUUGAGGAAGAAUAUGUAGCUUUUGUUCUCUUUUGUGAACCAAACACUUCAUCUUAACUAUCCAUAGCAGUCAUGCCAUUGUAGCAUGGAGUCAGAUUAUGAUGAGCGUGACCACAAAGCAGUGUUAGCUUCAUUUAACUUUGAACAUACAGUAUACUAUAUUUGCAACUUGUCAACAUUUUCUCCAAAGCCAAGUAAAAACAAAACAAAACACGGGGACCGUUAAAAGCCAUGUUUCCACCAAGUGCUACACUUCACUUCUGUUUGGAACCAUAAACCUGUUUUGGUGUGAUUUAUAGGCUGCAUAAAAAUAGUGCGACGUAACAAGAGUGAAACCAGCCACUGAAUUAAACAACUCGGAGGAACAGUAAACGGAUGAUGACGGAAAAUAUGGCUUUUGGGUUUUUUCACGCUCAAGCCCGGAUUGUUUUCUGUCAACUAAUCAAAAGACUAAAUUUUAUCGAGCUCUGCCCUUUAGGUACAAUAUCACUAGUUGGUACCAAAUGGAAAUGUGUCAAUCCUUUGCACUGCCUGCCCAGUCGGGAUUUCUUCUUCAUCUUUCUUCCGGAUUGCUAUUCUGUAUCAGGGGUGGAACAACUGAAGAUAUUUUUUCAUAAUCGACAAUGUGAUUAAAGUCGAGUCAACGUCGAUUAAUCAAUGCAUCAUUUAUGUUUUUUUUUCAGCAGAGUCAUUCCCAAGACUUCAUUGUGCCGCUGACACGUUUUACUAAAACACAAGCAUAGAGAGGGAAGAUGGUGUUGAUGUCAUUUUCUCAUCUGAAUGGUGUUUAAAAUCACCCGCAGUUGCAGCAAUAUCUCAUUUUUGUUCGGUCUAAAAAGCAAAGGCAGCUUAAUUCCUCAUCUCUGUUUGACUCUGACGUUUCGACUGAAUUGUAGCGCUUGGUGGAAGUGUGCCAGAAAUAAGCGAAUGGGUAUUUAAGCUGUGGAAAAUGGUGCUAAAACAAAUCAUGAUCAUACUGACACGCACUGAUUUUGCCUGGUUUGCUUUCCCAACCCCUGUUUUCAAACUUUUAAUUUCUUAAAGUGCAAUCAGUUUAAGUGAUAACGAUCAAAGCAAAAGGCACAGCCUGUAGUAUACGUUAUUCAUUCACUUUGCAUUUGCAAAAUUGUAUUUUCUUGAAAUACAACCUUAAGCCACAAUAGGAUUUGAUCACUCCUUAUAGCUUUACCAGUUGGAGAUUUAAAAAUAAUAAUAUAUAUGUAUGUCAUUUUCAAAGCUGGAUAAGAAUGCCAAAUGUUUAUCCAACCUAUUAGAGCAGCUGGCAGCUGAGAAGUAAAGUGUGUAGUCCAUCUCUAACAUUGCUCGCAAACAUCUUUAAACCUUAGGGGCUAUUUUCUCAGCCUUCGUUAACAUUGUAAAUUGUAAAUAGACAGAUUGCAAUUCUAACAUAAGACAUUUUAUUGCAAACAACACAUUUUUAAAAUAGCAACAAAAAAAUGACAACAAAAAAUGUAGCUUGACCACAUUCGCCGUUUUUAACUGCGGAGGAAAAAAAAAGUUGCUUGUGAUUCCCCAAGUCUUCCUUCUUUUUUUGGCUCUGUCCCAAUUUCCGUAGCGCACUCAGAGGUGUGCUCGUGUGCUUCCCUUCUGCCGACGACUGUCCUCGUGCAGUGUGCUUCCCACUUUAGUCAGCACAGAGUAGACGAGAAACUAUGUGGUCUGGUUGUUGGAUCACUGCAAAAAACUCUUCUCGGGUUGAAUUGCAGGAUUCAUCUCUUACCUGACGACACGUCCUCAAUGGAUUAUUUAGUGUCUAAAUGAUCAAUGCAAGUAAUUCAAGAAAGAGGGUCAUUUGUGUAACUUUUCUGUCAAACAAACAGCAGUCUGUAUAUGUUUUAAGGUUAAAUAACUAAGAGUAUGGGGAUAAUUGAGAACCUUUUGAUAAGCUUACUGUACAUACAGAACUACUUUCCACGCAGCUUGACAAUUCCUUCAUCCUUUUGUUCAUUUUCUUGAAAUUAUCCUAUGAUUUUUUUUAAUAUACAUCUUUCAUUAAAUACAGGAUGAGGCCUACACGCUUAUCUUUCAGUUAUUGUCUUAUUCGAGAUAGUGUGACUUUAAUCUUACAAAUGUAAACUAUAAUGCUCAUAAGAUUCCUGAAGUUCAAUUUAAUGUAAAACAUGCAUUAUUGUUUUAUUCACUUUCAUACAUUAAGACAAAAGUUGCUUUCAACAACAACAAAUGUUUGAAGUUUACUGUUAAAUUGUCACCUGUCAAAUUAAACCCAGAAAAAAAUACUUCAAAUCUCCCAAAUGUGAACAUUUGACUUAUAUAUAUUGAAGAAAAGUUAAUGUCACAUUCUUUUAUAAUCAGCCAAAACAGUUGAUUGCAAAGUUUUACGACGUCACACUUUGUCCACACACAUUGUCCAAGAAAUGCAUCAUAAUGCAAAUGCAUUGACUUUGUAAAAGUUUUCAUUUUGAGAAGCAAUAUUUUUGUUGACUGAACGCUUGACAAGUUGCACUUAUGACCAUAAAAUAGGCCGUUUUCUGUUUUCCAUGAGGUGCAAUGGGAAAAUGAGUGGGGUGUUUUGACCAGGUUGCACUUUAAGCACCAUGUUGUUUUCUUUCAUCUGUUACUGAGACCCAUUAACUGCAAAUAUUGUAUGUAAUCCAACUAUGACCUGUGUAGCUGAAGCAGCAAAGGAUUGUCCGUCCCAGCUCGACAGUCAUUUUGUCGUAUUUAAUUGUGGCCGCCUCUUGCGCUACAUUCAUGAGUGAGGGAGAGUUUGGAUAAAAACUUUUCAAGGGGAAAAAAAAAACCCAAACAAAAAACAAAAAGACCCUUGUUUUGUGAAGAAUUCUGGAUGAAGUGGGAGAGACCCUGUAUUGUUAUUAAAAACAUGUUCGUAGAUUUUAGAUGUGCUACACAUCAGAAAAAGGAAAAAGGAAAAAAAAAACUUACCUGUAUAUUUUUGUGUUGUGUAUCAUACAAGUGUGCUCCAAUGAUAAUGUCCAUUUGUGUAAAUGUAUUUAUUUCACACUGUAUAUAUUGUUCAAUGCAAAAAGAGACCUAUGAUUCUGUAAGUUAAACGACUAUUGUUUGAAGCAUUACAUGUGUUACUCCAGACUAUGCCUUUCAGGAUUAUUACAGUAGAGCAAUAUCGAUUAAAACCAGGCUUCCAGUUUUUGAA